AUGGCUGAGAAGAUUGAGGAAGAGAAAGCUCCAAGCUCUCCAGAGAACCUGACGUGUCCACUAUGUCUUGAUAUCUUCGACGAGGCAACAAUCCUGACUUCAUGCAAACACACCUUCUGUAGGAAAUGUCUCAAGAACUAUGACCUGUCCCACCAGGACCUUGAUCACAUGAUCUGUCCUCUCUGCAGGAAUACCACCAAGUUGUCUGCGAACCGUGUCGAUGAUUUCCUCACUAAUGUGACGGUCAACGGACUCGUAGACGAUUACCACGCCAAAUGUGGAGGGAUGAAUGCUGUCCUUGAGACGCGUCCAAAAUGCACUGCAUGCAAGUUUCAGCGAGACGCUGUCUCAUUUUGUAAAACGUGUAAUUACUACAUGUGCACUAAUUGCGACUGCAGCCAUGAGCAGUCACACUUUGAAGGUCACGAGAUUGUAUCCAUACAGGAUAUCAUCAACGGGAAGGUCAGCGUUGGUCAUCAAUCCGAGAAGUGCUGCAUCCACAAACAAGAGAACAAAGAUAUGUUUUGUGAGGAUUGUAAGGUCCACGUUUGUUUCAAGUGUGUGAUCGUCGGUCAUCAAAAUCACAAAAUCAAGAAUCAGACUGAUUUUGAGCAGGAGUUACGGCUUAAGGUGAACGACCUUGUCCAGCGUUGUGCCACUAAGAAAUCAGAACUGGAGAAGAACAUUAAGAAUGUGGAAGUACAACGCCAUGAAGUAUACACUGCGGUGCAGAGAUUACUGGACGAUGUCGGUCAAGCCUACAGCAUCAAGGCCAAAAAGCUUGAAGAAAAUCAUCGAAAUAUCAUCGAGCGAAUCAAUGCAGUAAGGCGGAGUUUCGAUGACGACCUCAACGUCUUGAAAUCCAACGAUCGAACGAGGAUCAAGAGUAUUUAUAGUUCAAUAUCACUGGUAGCUAAUGACAGACUCGGUCGUCUUGAGACAGACGGUCUGUCUGCUCACACCUUACUUUGUGAGGAGCUGGAUUCCAUGCUGAAGAAGGCUACUGAUCACACUUCUGCAGCAGUCAUUACGAAGAAAGCACAGGAGAAGAGGUUCAAGCCUGCAGAUGAUACUCGUCUGGACCUCGGGAGCAUCUCAGAAUCAGAUCCCAAGUUGCAAGUCAUUCAGUGUGUAGAUCUACGGGAACAGAUGUCGGGUAUGACCCCGUACUCUGAUGACAGUGUAGCUAUCGCAUAUAGUGGUGCAACUGGUAUAGAUAUCAUUGAUUCAGCUGGUAAACAGGAGCAGUAUGCAAACAUACCAGGAAACAUGAGGUGUUGUGAUCUUGUGUUUCAACAAGACAGGUCGUUAUGCAUAUCAACAGGUAGCCAAGAAGCACACAUAUAUUCUCCUAAUGGAUCCAGAAAAUCAAUCUUCCACACGGAAAAGCAAUUUAGCUUUAAUUCUUUAAUACUAAACAGAAGUUCAUCAGAUGAAAUCCUCCUUACUCACAAUAACAACCAAGUCUAUGUCUAUGACCCGACUGGAUUUACUCUCAAACACAUUAUUCCAACAAAACACGACAUGGUGAGGCAGGUAUCUUCUACCAGGUCGGGCUUGAUUGUCACGAGUUCAUAUUUCCAUCAAAUGUUGACGGUCUAUGACAGGAAUGGGAAUGCUGGUAAUUCUCUACAAUCAAACACAAUCGGCCUGUAUGCGGCCGUGGAUGAGCAGGACCGGGUGUAUGUAGCGAGUUGUGUUGGUAAUUAUGGUCCAGUGGUGAUCAGGCUCUAUGAACUUGAAGGUUUGAACCUGAAGGAGAAAGUUGAGUUCAAUGUACUUAAUCUGGAGCUUGUUCGUCCUUGGUGUAACUUGGUUUCCCUCUCCUCAGACAUGCUCGCGUUUGCUUCUGGCAAGAGGUUGUAUUUUAUUAAGGUAACACUGUAA